AUGGGUCUUUUUUCCCUUGAGAAGGAGCCCCAAGUGCGAUCUGUCAUCGACAAGACGAACGCCGUGAUGGAGGACUACAACACGCAGAUCAAGGCCGGCGUCCUCACGCUGGCUUUCCUGCUGGCAAUGGUCUAUGUUCUCCGCCCUCUGCUCCGGAUAGGUCUCAGAUCCAAGUUACUAAGACGCCGCCAGAUCUCGGGGGUGGGGGAGUACGGCCACCGUCAAUUCCAGAAAUGGGCGGAAGAAUAUGGGCCGAUCUAUUCCCUCAUCCUCGGCACCAAGACCUAUAUUGUCCUGAACACGGACGCGGCCGUCAAGGAUCUCCUGGACAAGCGCAGCGCCAUGUACUCAUCGAGACCGGAGAUGUACAUGGCGCAUGAUAUUGCGAGCGGCGGGUUGAGGACGGUGACCAUGCCCUACGGAUCCCUGUGGCGGAUGAUGCACACGGUCGUCCACAGCAUUCUCAACAUCAAGGCUGCCACCAGCUACAUCCCCUAUCAGGACCUGGAGAACAAAUUCAUGCUGGUCAACCUCCUCGACCGGCCCGACGACUACGAGAAUCACAUCAAGCUCUUCACGCACGCUCUCACGACCCAAAUCAUCUACGGCUUCCGGUUCACCAGCGUCGACGAUCCCAAAUUCCAGCAGCUGUAUCAUGCGUGUGGAUUCCGGAAAUGGACCAUGUUGGUGUCAAGCGCGAGCGCCCAGCUCUUGGAUCUGUAUCCUUUGCUGCGGAAACUGCCCAGGUUCUUGGCUCCCAACUACGAAUAUGCCGUGAAGCUGCACGCAAGGGAGAAGGAGCUGUAUCGCAGCCACUGGCUCGCUGCAAAGGACCGGGCCCUCACCGGCACAGGCAGACCUUGCUUCUGCAACGACCUCCUCAAAGCGCAAGAGCGCGAGAAGUUUGACGACGACCAGGCAGCCUAUAUCGCCGGAUCCCUCCUUGAAGCCGGGUUCGACACGACAGCCGCGACCCUCCAAGGAUUUAUCCUGGCCAUGAUGAUGUUUCCUGACGUCCAGAAGCGAGCACAAAAGGAACUCGACGAAGUGGUUGGGCUGGACCGACUGCCAACGAUGGACGAUGUGCCUGAUCUGCCCUACGUCCACGCCUGCGCCAAGGAGAGCUUCCGGUGGAUGCCGACUACUGUCUAUGCAGCGCCUCAUGCGACCACGGUAGACGACCAAUACAUGGGCUACAGAAUCCCAGCCGGGGCGUCUGUGAUUCCUAACGUCUGGUACAUCACGCAGGAUCCCAAACGGACUCCCAACCCUCGAGUCUUCGAUCCGACGCGCCACUUGAACCACCUCGACAGCGAGUUCGAAUCCGCCAAGAGCUCCGACGUCGGCAAACGGCACAAUUUUGUUUUCGGUGCCGGACGGCGUCUGUGCCAGGGGAUGCACAUUGCGGAGCGCUCUCUCCUUCUCGGGGUGUCGCGCAUGUUGUGGGGGUUCGACUUCUCGCUGCCUCGAGAUGAGAACGGCCAGCCCAUCACCCCGGACAUCGACGACCUGAGGGGAGGUGCCGCCAUCACGCCAGCGCCCUUCCAGGUCGUCAUCAAGCCCCGGUCGAAGGAGAGGGCGGACCUCAUGCGCAGAGAGUGGGCCGACACCGAGGCCAACUUUUUGGAUCCCAAGACCAAGGAGUGGAAGCAUGUACCAGAGGGGAUGGUAUUUAGCACGUAUGUGCCGCAACUUGUCGAUGUGUGAGCAUGUACGAUCUAAAGUGGUGGCCGAUAUACAAGGUGUUGUCUUCUGCGACGCAAAGAGGGAUACUUUGUUGCGUCCAGAUGCGGGCCUGUCGUUCUUUUAUAUCUGCUGAGAGCAAUCACCGGCAUUGGUUGGUCACCGACCUCCCUCACCGCGAUCAGGUCGUAUACGGUGGAGGUCAGGGAUAACGGUUUGUCAUGGGCUUGUGUCUUUUGGGAGGAUGAAGGGUACAAAUGUUGCCAGUGAUGGUCAUCGCAUUGACUGCCCUUACCUUUCGGCCCAUAAUCUCGGCAGGCAUUGCGCCUCUGGGAGGAAAGGUAGAGACUUCUGUCGUACUCAAAGACACCCUAAAUCCCAGACGUGGGCAAGUAUAGAAAU